GCAGACUGUUGCUGACGUUCAUAACCAGUCAUCUCGUGGUGCAGUAAACACUGCACUUUCGAAGAAAGAGAGGGAAAGGAAAGACAAAAGGCUGGAUUGCAUUUACUGAGAAUUUUUCAUCUGCGGAAUUCUUCUUCAACCAGGUUAUGACUGACAGCUGCGUUUAUUUACCACUUUUACUCCAUUAGUCUAGGCUUCGAUUGACGCUAUAUCAAAUCUUGACCAGACAGACAAACGAUCAGUAAUAUGCGAAACGUGGAGACAACGGAAGCAACGCUGUACUUGAAUAAAUUGUCGAGAGAUCGCACAAAGAGAUCUCUAUAUGUUCGUUGAUUAGCUAAUUAAUAUAAUUGUGAUAUUUAUUAUUUAUUUAAAUUUGUCUGCAUUUUAUAUCACGUCGAAUGUUUACGAUAAAGAUUAUUCAAUUUUGCUCGCACAAAAAGAAUCCUGCCAAAGGGUACAGAGUCCAAGGUUUUGUUCGAUGAACAUAUAUUUAAUAUUCAUUGAGUUAUCGAAUGAUAUUGAAGAAAGCUGAAUAUUUAUAUUGAAUGAUACUGAAAAAAAUACUCCAAGAAAGUAUUAAGUAUGAACGGACCAACAAAAGAUCUGCCAUGGGGUCUGCAAUGUGCAAGGUGUGCAUGCAACGGUUGUUGCGAGCAUCGCCGUGUCAAUUGGAUGGCAUGGCACCAGGGAGGCAUCCUGGCGCUCACCUACCUGGCAUACACUUGUUAUCAUUUGACUCGAAAGCCGAUCUCCGUGGUGAAGAAUGUCCUGAGUCUCAAUUGCAGUGGACUGCCAGUACCUGACAAUGUUUUAGUGAAUGAUAGUAACCGGAACACCUGGUGCGACUGGGCUCCAUUUGACACAGAGGAUGCACCAGCAUUACUCGGUAUGUUGGACUCAGCAUUUCUAUUCACAUAUGCAGUGGCUAUGUUUUUCAGUGGGCUCAUAGCUGAGAGAGUGAAUCUGCGAUAUUUCCUUUCCUUUGGUAUGCUCGCGUCAGGCAUAUCGUGCUAUUUGUUUGGAAUCGCUAAACCAUACAACAUUCAUAAUUUUUGGUACUUCGUUUUCGUGCAGGCGCUAGGUGGAAUCUUUCAAACUUCCGGAUGGCCAGGUGUAGUGACCGUUGUGGGAAAUUGGUUUGGAAAAGGCAAACGCGGUUUAAUCUUUGGCAUAUGGAACUCUCACACAUCCUUGGGAAAUAUAUUAGGCAGCUUGAUCGCAGCGGCGUACGUCGAGUCCGAUUGGAGCCUGAGUUUCAUAGUACCCGGAGUGAUAAUGGGACUGGUGGGAUUUCUCGUCUUCCUGUUUUUAAUACCGAACCCCGUCGACAUAGGAUACAGUCCGCCUGCUUCCACCGGAUAUCGGAAACUUGACGUAACGAAUAGCUCGGAUGAUGACUCGACUGACAUAGGUUACGAAUCUCGUAGUAUAAGCGAGGACCGUGUCAUCUAUCGCUGUGUCUACCGUGAACAACUUGCUGCCGACAACACGGCACGUUCUGAAACCAGCCCGAUGCUGUCCGGACACCGACGUGAUCACAAUACAUCUUGCAACAGCGCGAUUGGUUUCAUAGGAGCCUUGAAGAUACCGGGUGUCAUCGAAUAUUCUUUAUCGUUGUUUUUCGCGAAGCUCGUUAGCUAUACAUUCCUUUACUGGUUACCAUUAUACAUCGCGGCUUCAACUACGUACAGCGCAACUGUGAGCGCAGAUCUUUCGACUCUAUUCGACGUGGGUGGCAUAGUAGGCGCCAUAGCGGCUGGAGUUCUGUCGGAUUACAGUGGCAUGAGCGCGUUAACGUGCGCUGCGAUGUUUGGACUUGCAUUUCCCGCGUUAUUUAUAUACGAUUAUACUGGAAAUACCAGCCUAGGCGUCAACAUAGUAUUAUUACUGAUAGGGGGACUGUUAGUAAACGGUCCUUACGCAUUGAUAACGACCGCUGUGUCAGCUGAAUUAGGAACUCAUCCCAGCUUAGGAGAAAAUUCAAAGGCCUUAGCUACAGUGACUGCUAUUAUCGAUGGAACUGGUAGUAUCGGAGCUGCGGUCGGUCCGCUGUUAGCAGGUCUAGUAUCUCGAUGGGGCGGAUGGCAUGACGUAUUCUACAUGCUUAUGGGUGCGGAUUUAUUCGCCCUGUUGCUUCUAUCCAGAUUAGUUUAUAGAGAUAUAAGAUUAUACGUGCAAAGACGAAGAGUUAUUCAAAUUUAAAAUGCGAAACAAAAUUCGCAAAUUGUUGCUUAGAUGCAGAGGUAUAUGAUUUUUACGUAUUUGGAUCUGCGUACUUAUAAUCUCGCUCGUAUUUCCUUGCAGCAUAUUUUCGAAUAAAUCGAUAUGCGAGAGAGAUUUAAACGUACGAAAAUAAAUACAGUGUAUUUUGGACAGCAUUUUCUGUCAUAUAACCGUUAGACACAUAUCUGAAAGUAAAUAAUUUUAAACGGAGAAAUUAUAAUAGCGCUACUAUUUUUAAAAAAACUUGUUAAAAUUCGAUAUUUUUUAAUUAUAUAUGUAAAAUGUAAAAGAAUGUUAUUUUUUUAUUGCUAAAUAUCAAAUGUUACCAUAUAAAUUUGUAAUUAUAAUUAUAUUACGACGUAAAUAUAUUACAAAGUCUAAUAUACAAUUGUUUAAUGCACAUA